GAGAAGGAAACAGAAUGACAUUCCAGGAUUGCAUAAACUCUCAGAGGCCGCUGAAGAGUUCACCCGCGUGAAGCCUGGAAGUCGGCGGGCGCCGCUGUCUAGGAAAGAAGCCAAAGUCCUUCCCACAGCCUGUCGGGGCCUCUAAGGGCCCUGAGGGACUCGACGAGUAUGGAGCGCCCGCCCUGCCUGUUGCUGCUGCUACUGCCGCUGCUGCGUGUUUCUGCGGCCACGCCAGAGCCCUGUGAGGUGGACGAUGAAGAUGUCCGCUGCGCCUGCAACUUCUCGGGUUCUCAGCCCGACUGGUCUGAAGCCUUCCAGUGUAUAGCUUCUGUCGAGGUGGAGAUCCGCGGCGGCGGCCACAGCCUGGAGCCGUUUCUGAAGCGCGCCGAGGGCUACGCCGACCCGCGGCAGUUCGCGGACACCGUCAGGGCUCUGCGCGUGCGGCGGCUCUCGGUGGGGGCCGCUCGGGUUCCUGCCCGGCUGCUGAUGGGCGUCCUGCGUGUGCUGGGCUACUCCCGCCUCAAGGAACUGACGCUGGAGGACCUAGAGGUAACCGGCACCACGCCGCCGCCGCCGUCCCUGGAAGCCACGGGGCCUGCGCUCUCCACCUUGCGCCUCCGCAACGUGUCUUGGGCGACAGGGGGGUCCUGGCUAGCCGAGCUGCAGCAGUGGCUCAAGCCAGGGCUCAAGGUACUGAACAUUGCCGACGCGCACUCGCUAGCCUUUGCCUGCGAACAGGUCCGCACCUUCCCGGCCCUCACCACCCUAGACCUGUCUGACAAUCCUGGACUGGGCGAACGCGGACUGACCGCGGCUCUCUGUCCGCACAAGUUCCCGGCCCUCCAAAAUCUAGCGCUGCGCAACACAGGGAUGCAGACGCCCAGAGCCGUGUGCGCUGCGCUGGCGGCGGCGGGUGUGCGGCCCCACCGCCUGGACCUCAGCCAUAACUCGCUGAGCGCAACCGCAAAUCCCGGCGCUGCCGAGUGCGUCUGGCCUAGCGCGCUAAACUCCCUCAACCUGUCGUUCGCUGGGCUAGAGCAGGUGCCUAAAGGACUGCCGGCCAAGCUCAGCGUGCUCGAUCUCAGCUACAACAGGCUGAAUAGGGCGCCGCGGCCGGAGGAGCUGCCCAAGGUGGAUAACCUGACAUUGGACGGGAAUCCCUUCCUGGUCCCUGAAGCCUCUAAGCCCCAAGAGCACUCGAGUUCGAGCGUGGUCCCAGCCCGUGCGCCUUCGCCCCUAUCAGUGGGGAUGUCAGGAACCCUGGUGCUGCUCCUAGGGGUCCGGGCCUUUGUCUAAGACCCAAGGGAGAAGAAUGAAUGGCUCAGAUUGCCCUGGCUUCAGGGGAGCUCCAUCAGGACGUUCAGGACUUCUUGGUCAAUCAACCCUUUGCCCCACCUUUAUUAAAAUCUUAAACAAUGGG